AUGUCGAGCACUCCAAACGAAGCGCCUCAGCGCGCCACUGCCGCUCAGUUGGCUAGCAGAAAAAUCAAGGAUAUCCGCCGACGCCCUCGAGGCACAACCCCGACUGGCGGUGCUGGCGCAGACCAACAACCCUCCAAUGCCUUCGGUGGCCUUUCUACCCCCAGCUUUUCAAACCCCGCUCCCAGUUUUGGAGCUCCUCCAGCUCAAUCUGGAGGCUUCACUUUCGGCCAGACCCAGAGCCAAAGUUUCCCGGGAGCCAGCUCCGGCCCCAGCCAGCCUAGCCAGGGCAGUGCUUCACCCUUCUCGUUUGGAGGCGGCGGCGGCGGAGGUGCUGCUCAAACUGGCUUCAAUUUCGGGAACUCUUCUGGUGGAUUCGGUUCUUCUACGUUCAACAACCCUUUUGCUAGCGAUGCUAGCAAAGCUGCCCCCACCCCGACUACCCAGAGCGCUUCCUUCACAGGUUUCAAUUUCGGUAACCAAACCACUUCUCAACCCGCACAACCAUCCCAGCCUGCCUUCUCCUUCGGUGCGCCACAAACCGCGACUCCCUCGAUGGGUUCUGGCAUGUUUGGUCAAUCAAACGCCAUGAACUCCGCUUCCACCCCCGCUGAUUCUAUGCAAAUGUCGCCGGACGCCAAACCAAAGACCUCCACUACGACCCAAUCAUCUUUCCAAAGCCGCAAUCUCUUCGGAGAGUCGGCGCCCAAUUUGUUCUCUCCAAAGCCUGAUACCCAGGCCGGUAACCCAUUCAGUAACUUGAAUGGCACUUCGACCGCUGACAAGCCCGCGAGUGACAAGGCCGAAGGCUUUGCUGCCAAGCCUGCGUUUGCUGGUCAAUCAACCCCAGCAUCUAACCAAGCUCCUCAAUUUGGAAACCUAUUUGGUGCCCCCGCUACCGCUGCAAAACCAUCAGAAUCUGAGAAGCCUGCAUCGACGAACAUGUUUGGAGCUGGCUCGACCCAGUCUGCAUUCCCGGGCCUGUCGAGCACGAAGCCUGCGACUGAGCAAGCCACUCAAAAUAACAUUUUCGCACCGAAGUCCACCUCGGAGCAGAAAACCGACUCCCCUGCCGAUGCCAACCCAUUCAAGAACCUCUUCGGAGCUGGUUCAGCUACUCCUCAAACGUCCGCCCCUCCGGCUCAGGCUUCUCCAGCUCAGAAUCUUUUCGCUCCAAAGCCAGCCUCGGAGGAUCCCCCAAGAAAACCUGCGGAAGCUCAGCCAUUCAAAAACCUGUUCGGUGGAGCUGCUACUUCCAGCACGCCUAAACCUGCUGAGCCCUCGGCAUCUACCAACCUGUUUUCACCUAAGCCAGCCGACGCUACGCUGUCUAAAUCUCUAUUUGGGGCUCCUGCUGGCACUCCCAAGCCUUUUGAAGCCCCCAAGGAGCAGCCAACCCCAGCACAGAAUCUUUUCGCUCCUAAGCCGACCUCGGAUCAACCCGCGACAAACAAUCUAUUCGCGUCAAAACCGGCAACAGACCAAGCUUCCGAGAAGCCGCCCAACUCCAACCCAUUUGGAUCUUUGCUUGGAGCGUCUGCCCCAAAGCCUAAUUCAUCGGAGCCGGAGCCCGCCAAACCCCAAUCUACCCCGACACCAAAUCUAUUCGCAUCUUCACCGGCCAAGGCACAGGCGUCGACAACCUCGGCCAAGUCUUUGGGCGGUCUCUUCGGCGCCAAGCCCGAUACGACCGCGCAGGCCGCUGCUCCUCCGACUCCAGUCUUUUCAAAUGCUAAGCCGACGACCGCUCCUCCGAUUCCGAAGUCGGGUUUGGCUGAUAGCGUGGACAAGAGCAAUUCCGAACUAGUGAAGAAGCUUCGCAUUCUGGAUACAAUUUUCAAGGAGGAGUUGUCCACCUACCAACCUGGCGUAGAUGGGUUUGACCGUUUGAUUAUGCAUUAUCUCGCUGUACGUCAUUCAAUUGGCGCGCCAGUCGGUAUUAAGAAUGACUGGAAGAACUUUGGGACGACACCUGUUCCUAAUGGCCAAGUUGCUAAAUCUUCUGUGAAACGGGUGAAUGACUCGACCACCUCCAGCGUGUUCGCACAGUCGUUCUCGUCCCCAGCAAAGGCAAUUGAUCCAGUGAAUGCAGCGGUCAAGAAGCCCGAUAAUCCGUUCGCCAAGCUUAACACCGCAGACGCCGGAUACUCGUCCAAGCCCGCUGAAAAUCCAUUUGCGAAGAUUCCCACCAGCGCCACUAGUGCCACUUCUGAAUCUGCUCCCAUGGCUGCUGAGAACCCCUUCGCCAAGAUCCCGACCACGACUCAAACGUCAACUCCCUCGGCUCCGACAGUCAAGAAGUCUGACACACCUGCUGCUCCAAAGCUGGCGGGUAAUAUGUUUGCAGGUGCUCAAUCAGCGAAUACCAAUGGCUCGGCAGCUCCUCUUUCUAUGCCCAAGUUUGGCAACACCACUGGCGGUGUGGACUUCAUGGCACAGUUUAAAAAGAAGGCAGAAGAGACCGCGGCCAAAGAAAAGGCUAAGCGGAAGGCAGAGGACUUCGACUCUGAUGAAGAUGACGAGGAGGAAUGGGAGCGUCGUGAUGCUGAGCAGCAACGUGAGAAGCGUGCCAAGUUGGAGGGCGCUUCGAAAAAGAAGGCAGUUUUCGUUCCCGGCAAGGGCUUCUCAUUUGUUGAUGCGGACGAGGAACCACAAGAGGAUUCUUCUAAGAAGCUUGCGCUGCCUGCCCCUUCUCCUGCUCCUUCUUCUAGCUCGAUCUUUGAUUCUUCGAGCCUGCCCGUCCCGGCCUCGCAAAACAUUUUCGGUCGCAUCUCGUCGACAACUCCCCAACCCGCCGAUGAUGGUAAUGACAGCGACGCCUCAUCAGAGGCGAAACCUCGAUCACCGAAGCGCCGUGUCUCUGGCGAUGGCAAUGAUGAAGACGACGAUUCUGACGCUGCUGGGCACAAGUCUAAGCGAACAAAGGCAACCGAAAAUGGCGAUACAAGCAAGUCUAGCUUGGACACACCCCUUCCGGCGCCGACUGCUGCAGCAAGCCGAAGCCUUUUCGACCGUAUCGAAUCCCCAACCCCAAGCAUUGCUUCUCCCAAGCCAGCUUCGGGCGGCAUCAACUUCGGUGCCUCUACCCCUUCAAAUUCAACAAACCCUUUCGCGUCUCUCGGCGCAAAGUCUCAGACUUCUCAGCUCUUUGGUGCCUCGUUUGGCACCGGCUCGUCCCUGCCGGCAUCUACCACUUCCCCAGCUCCGGCCGACAAUACCUGGAAGCCCUCCACCCCCAUCAAGUUUGCCACCGACACGAACUCAACCUCCGCCCUAGCCUCCACUGAGGCAUCAGCUCAGACUUCUGGUGCUGAAAACGCCACCUCCGGAGCUGCAACACCCGAUGAAGAGGGUGGUGCACCUGGCUCUAUAUUUGACAUGUCCUCCGCCAAUGCUGGCGAGGAGGAAGAGACCGUGGUCUUUGAAUGCCGCGCCCGCGCUUUCAAGUUGACCACUGGUUGGGUCUCCCAGGGCACUGGAGUUGUGCGACUGCUCAAGCAUCCCGGCACCGGUCGUGCCCGAGUUGUUCUCCGUGCUGAUCCUGGUGGCAACAUCAUCUUGAACACGCUUCUUAAGAAGGAGCUUGACUAUGCGCGUACCAGCAAUAGCAUGCAAUUCAUGGUUCCUCAGGCUGAUGGCAAGCCCGAGCAAUGGGCUGUUCGAGUGAAGGCCGAGUCGAUUGAGGCCCUCAACGAGCACUUCCAAGCUAUUAAAAAUUAG